AAUAGUAUAAAACACAUUUUCAAUUCUCUUUCUACUGUAGUAAGAAAUCAAAACAGUGACUUAAAGAUGCUUUCCUUUUCAGCCUGCAUCCCUCCUGGAGAAUCCAUUAAUGCUUCUAAUGGUCAAAUUUCCAGCCCCAAUUUUCCCAACAACUAUGACGCAAACAGGAUUUGUAUCUGGAAUAUCACAGUGCCCGGUGGGAAAAUCAUCAAGCUGACCUUCUUGAACUUUACCCUGGUAGCGGGUGAACACGAUGACUGUGCUGGAUCGGCAGCAGAUAGUGCCCGAGUCUUUAUUACAAACGUUGCUUCACAUGGAGGAAAACCCAAGGACUUUAAGAUAUGUGGUCAAAAGCUUCCCCCUCCUGUGUACUCCGUGGGAAAUUUCAUUCAAGUGAGAUUUGAAUCUCGCACCGGCCUUGUAAACAAAGGGUUCAAUGUAACCUUUGAGGAGAUAGAUGGAGAUCCAUGUAAGAGCUUUUUCUUCAGGGGUACUUUGUGAAGGAAGUAUAGAAGUUUACUGAGCGUGUACUUUUAGAAUUAAGCGAGAGUUUUGUUGAGUAUAUCAUACAAUUAAUUAAGAAAACAAUCUUUGAACAGCUACAGUCUGUAGAAAAACAGUUGAAUGUAUUCAAGCCUUUCAGUCCAUAUACCGACGCUCCGUUUUCGAAGCCUGACACGUCUUUGUUACUUUUUUCAGUGUGCCCAGUAGAUAUGAUCCUCGAUGGAACAUCAGGUUCUCUCUCCUCUCCCUUUUAUCCAAGAAACUAUCCAUUCAACCAGACAUGUAGCUGGAAUAUUACAGGGAAACAAGGAUACCGUGUUGAGCUCACAAUACCAGACUAUAAUCUUGAACGUUGUGGUGGCGCUGCUUGCUCGUGUGAUUAUAUGGAAGUUCAGAACAGCUUCAGUGAUGAAGCGCUGCCUGGAAAACUAUGUGGUACACCAAGGGAUAUUCCUGUAAAGUUUUAUUCACUGCACGAAAGCUUGAGGGUGGUGUUUGUGUCCGAUGAUACAAACAUGGAUUAUGACGGAUUUGGGGCAACUUACAAGCUGUUGAACUACAGUCCUCCAAGUAAGUAGAGAAAACAACUUUGGUACAUCUAAGAGAUCGUAUCAAGUGACGCCAUCUGUGAAAGAAACCAUAUAUCUAGCACCAAUCCCGGUAUUUUGAUUCUGACCUGUUCCAAGCGUUCUGGUAUGUCAAACAGAGCGAAAUAGCCGAAGGCACGGCAGUAGCAGCAUAGUGAAAAAGUGAGUGAGGUUUGGGUCUCGUCGGCUAAAGAAAAAGUUGAUUACACAACAUGGCCCACCCCUCCCUUGUUUUUUCUUUCCUCUGCUACUCUCGCGCUGUUCAAUAUGGCACUGCGUUUUACCAAGUGAACGUCCGGAAAAGCAUAUGUUUAUUCUCCCACACUCACAUGCUCCUUUUUCAUUGUUUAUAGUUUGUCCCAAGGAAGCAAUUCCUCUCUCAGGCAGCGGCAAAAUAAGCAGCACAAACUUCCCAAAGAGUAACUACACUGCUUCCAGAAAUUGUACCUGGAACAUUACCGCACCAGCUGACAAAAUUGUAAAUUUUGCUUUUACUGACUUUGUGUUAAGUGAGUGUUCAGCCAGUCCUUGUUCGGAUUCUUGUGCUUAUGUGGAGCUUUAUGAUGGUGGAUCAACAAGGUCUCGUUUGCUGGGGCGAUUUUGCCGAGGAUCGCUGUGGAAUAAGCCUCAGUUCUCGACUGGAAAUCAAAUGUUUGUGAUGUUCCAUCCUGGACAAACGGUUGCUCGUGGAUUUGAAGCAGAAUAUUAUUUUCCCUCUACUACAUCAACAUCACCGCCUUCAACAGAAACAAAACUGCAAAGUAAGUUUAGAACUGUGGUAUUUCGAAGUAACAAAUCCUGGUUUUCGCCAAAAGUGCCUUAACCCCUUCUUUAUGAGUCCAUCACAUGCUAGCAAUCAGUUAACGCUUUCCAAAUUGUUUUGUGUUUUCCAAAAUAGUACAUUUGUGGAUAAAUCAAUGGUUUUUUCUGCAUGUUUUGAAUUUAAAAUUUAUAUUUUCCUUUGCAAGACUUAGCAUGUCCGUAAACUAUGUGUUUAUAGUCAAUAAUGAAAAGAUGCAGAGGUAAUCCUUCUACAAACAGUCAGUUACUGGAUGUUGUAAACGUUCUGCAAUCUCUCAUACACUGGGUGUUGCAGAAAUUUUGCAACAAUUCAUACACUGGGUGUUGCAGAAAUUCUGCCACCACCCAUACGCUGAGUGUUGCAGAAAUUUUGCAACCUUUUAUUCACUGAGUGUUGCAGAAAUUUUGCAACCUUUCAUACACUGUGUGUUGCAGAAAUUCUGUAACCACUCAUACACUGGGUGUUGCAGAAAUUUUGAAACCUUUCAUACACUGAGUGUUGCAGAAAUUUUGCAACCUUUCAUACACUGGGUGUUGCAGAAAUUCUGCAACCACUCAUACCCUGGGUGUUGCAGAAAUUUUGCAACCUUUCAUACACUGGGUGUUGCAGAAAUUCUGCGACCACUCAUACACUGGGUGUCACAGAAAUUCUGCAAACACUUAUACACUGGGUGUUGCAGAAAUUCUGCGACCACUCAUACCCUGGGUAAUGCAGAAAUUCUGCAACCACUCAAAGAUCGGAUGUCGCGGAAAUUCUGCGACCAUUCAUACACUGGAUGUCGCAGAAAUUCUGCAAUCAUUUUUACACUGGAUGAUGUAGAAAUUCUGCAACCACUUAUACCCUGGAUGCUGUAGGGAAUCUUCGACCACAUACCCUGGGUGUUACAGAAAUUUUGCGACCUCUCGUUCACUUAAUGUUGAGGAAAUUCCCUUAUGGCGUGAUGGAUGCAGAAAUAUAGCGGUCUUUCUCUAACCGCAGUUCACUUAUAUGAUUUUCAUGUAUUUAAAGUCAUUUAUUCACCACUUCACGGUUUUACUUAGAACCAACAUAAUGAUCAGCUCUCAGUUGGCUUGUUAGCUCAGCUAGUAGAGCGCUGCACCAGUAUCGUAGAGGUCAUGGGUUCAAAUCCCGUAGAGGCCCAAAUUUUUUCAAGGUCCUUUUUUCACUAUUACUUAAGUAGCGUCCAUGACUGCCAGGAUCGCUUCCAUAUUCGUUUCUUCGACCGCAGUUCACAAAUCAAAUUUUCAUGAAAUUACUGUCAUUUAUCUCCACCAAUGUUUACAGUAGGGAAUUAUGCCACAUGCAAAAUUAAGAAAAAAUAAUCCUGUUUCUUUAAUUUGUAAGCUGCAAUUGUUUCCAGAGUAAGAAAAAUCAAACCGGGCAAUGUUGCCUAAUUAGUCACAAAAUGUCGAAAUAGAAAAUGUACUUAAAACCCACUUUACAAAGCCAUUUUGAGGGCGCUAUUGGUUUUUGCCGAGAUUUACACUGAAAACAACGACGGAAUCCAAGAAAUCGGAAAUAAUUCACUAAUAUUUUUUCAAGUGCAUUUUAAGGAAGGAAUUAUGCUUCAUAUCAAGGGACUUAAAGGUGUCGAAUCAGUUUUCGCAAAAAAAAAAACUUAGCCUAAAGCGAGCUUUUAUCAAAAGUUGUUGAGUUCUAUUCCUCCAUUGAGGAAUGAAAACAUAUAAUUCAUAAAAAAGUGAUAUUCUAGACCCAGGCAUGGCUGACGCUAGGUGUUACAGCUGCUCUUCAUACAAGCCGGUCCAGCGAGUCAAAAGCCCUAACUUCAGUGUUGCGUGAAGGUAGGUUUUCUUCCUUCUUCUUUAUUCGGUUUUGGCAAAACAGUCUGCGCAAUGUCUGCACCAUUCCAGUUGCCAAAGCUUCUAGACAAAAAGCUCGUGUUACAGUGUGGGACAUUCUGCUUUUUGAAUGCAAUAAGCUUCAAGUGAAAAAGCUUAUCGGCUGAGGAUGCUUUGGAGAGGUUUUCUUAAGGAAUUUUGAAGAACAGAAAAGAAGCUGGCUGAUGAAAAAACUAACUAUAGCGCGCUCUGACGUCAAUGGAUCGACUUUGAAGGCCCUCAAUUUUAAACUAACUUGUGCUGACUUGAAAGCAUUGGGAAGAAUCCAAUAAAUGAACAUGGUUCUUAUAGGCACUUAGUUCGCGUUUGAUCACAUCCUCUAUCAUUAUUGAUGAAGAAAAUCAAUUUUCUUCAAUUUCGGGUCUUCUUGGGUCUUCGUUUAUGGGUGUUUGAUUGCACAGUUCAUCACACAUAGAAAUAUUAAAACUGGAGCUGGAUAUCCCCGGCGAGAAACCAUAAAAAGAUCAUGUUAAAUAAAGAAAAUAAAUGGGUCCUCGUUUUCGUGUCUUCAACCCCACUCAGAGUCUGAUCAGGGUUUGUUUGAUUUUUUACUCGCAGAUGAGACGUAAGUGCAAAACGGUUUCGGAUUUCCGAUAUUUAGACCUUCAAAGAUCGCAUUGAUGUGUUCUCUCCAGGCUAAGUUCCAGAAGGCGAGGCGAUAGAACUGAGCAUUGUCUAAGUAAGUUCUUAUAGAUUAAACUUAGCAGGCUGGUGAAGAGUACAUUAUCGAUUACUUUCUUUAGAUUUUAUCCCAACGGAAAACACACAAGGUGCCAGUUGGUCAGUUAAAGAUGAGAAAUCUCGGGAAAGCACCUACAAAAAUGGUGAGAUUUGCUUCAUUUUUAUUGAAAUAUAUUAGAUAUGUAUUUACUUGCACCAUGCGCAAAACAAAGUAAACCCAAUGUUUAAAUCUGGUAAAUUAAAACAUUAGUGAAUUGAUAGGAUGUUAUCAGACAGUUUAAUUUUUUUGAAAACAAAUAUCUACCUAUAGGUUCCUCCUGGAUGGCUUUCAAAAUUCCAAUUACCAUUGAGGGUAAGAAACUUUUUUUUGUUUUGUUUUUUAAGUCUACUAGCAAUCCUUAUUAAUUCAUGGACACUGAACUAAAACUGAAGUCCAUAGAGGUAUGAUUUCUUUUCUUGAUAAGUACAUAUACAGUUUGGUGAAAAUACAUCAUUGAUUAUCACCAUUACUGUGUUUUUUUAUGCUCAGUUUGCUUACAUAUAUUUUGCAACUUUGUAGUUGCAAAA